UUUGUUGUUGUCAGCAACGACCGACUCAUAGCUAUAGUUGUAAGCUAACGUUAGCCGACCGGUGAGCUGACAGCACACUCUCGUUUGUCUCAAUUUACCGGAAUACAUAAGUGGAGUUCAGUUACAUUUCGGUUAACGGCCUUCUUAACAGUCUCUCACCGGCUGUUUGUCUCCGGUAUCAGGAAAGAUGACUUCUGCAGCGGUGAGUCCUGAUCCAACUCUUGAGAGACAUUUCAAGGGUCACAGGGACAAUGUUACAAGUGUGGACUUCAGCUGCAACAUGAAACAGAUUGCCACCGGCUCCAUGGACUCCUGUGUGAUGAUCUGGAACAUGAAACCUCAAAUGCGAGCGUAUCGUUUUGAUGGACACAAAGAUGCUGUCACUUCAGUUCAGUUUUCUCCCUCUGGCCACCUGGUGGCCUCUGCCUCCAGAGACAAGACUGUACGUCUUUGGGUGCCCAGCAUGAAGGCUGAGUCAACAGCUUUUAGGGCGCACACAGCCACUGUGCGCAGCGUUAACUUUUCUGGUGACGGACAGAAUCUGGUCACAGCCUCCGACGACAAGACCAUCAAAGUGUGGACCGUCCACAGGCAAAAGUUUCUCUUCUCUCUCAACCAGCACAUAAACUGGGUCCGCUGUGCUAAGUUUUCUCCAGACGAUCGUUUGAUUGUGUCGUCCAGUGAUGAUAAGACUAUCAAGCUGUGGGACAAGAAUAGUAGAGAGUGCAUACAUUCUUUCUAUGAACAUGCUGGUUAUGCAAACCACGUGGACUUCCAUCCCAGUGGAACAUGUAUCGCUGCAGCCAGUACUGACAACUCUGUCAAGGUGUGGGACAUCAGAUCCCAUAAGAUGCUACAGCACUACCAAGUCCACAGUGGUGUGGUGAACAGCUUGUCUUUCCACCCCGCUGGUAAUUUCCUCAUCACCGCAUCCAGUGAUUCCACAAUGAAGAUACUGGACCUUGUAGAGGGCAAGCUACUGUAUACCCUGCACGGACACCAGGGUCCAGUGACCUGUGUGGCCUUCUCCAGGACCGGAGAGCACUUUUCCUCUGGAGGUUCUGAUGAACAGGUAAUGGUGUGGAAGAGUAACUUUGACUGUGCUGAAGGCAGCGAUGGUGUCCGGCUGCAACAUAAAACUUCUUCCAGCUUGCAGGCACUACCAGCCAGCUCCACGGCCCACCCCUCCUUUAACUCGCAUCCUUCUGUGCUCCACAGCCAGGCUUCCGAACAAUCAGAACAUUUUAACGGACAGGACUCAAACACAAAGAGCGGCAGUCGCAGUGGUAGCCACAGCAGAGCAACUCGUUCCCACACCAACAGACACCUCAGCACCAGUUCUUCCUCCACCCACCAGACGCAGACCCAGGGUUUACCCCAGCAUUUACCCCAGGUUCAAGCAGAGUCCCAGGCCUCAGAUGGAGGAGUCCCCCCUGGUAUAGCCAGCACCCUGGAACACAUCAUAGGUCAACUGGAUAUUCUCACUCAGACGGUUUCGAUCUUGGAGCAGCGGCUGACGCUGACAGAGGACAAGCUCAAGGAGUGUUUGGAGAACCAGAUGGAGAUCGGUCUACAUCUCCAGAGACGAGACGAGGCCUAAAGAUGGCGGCACCAGAGAGAUGUUGAGCUGUGGUGUGAGGGAAAUGAGGUCACACCAACACCAUUAACGGAAACACGUAUAAAGUACUCGUUGUUGUUAGAUCUCACUUAAAAAGUGCGAUCUUGCACACAGUCCUGAACCGUUUCCCUGACUGGGCUCCAAAUGCACACUGCGCCUUACUGCUAAUGUACUGUGUCUGGUUAUUUUACAAAGACAUAUCUAAAGUGAAGGAGUUGGAUAUUAGAGAAGUUGUUCUUCUACAAGAGUGCUGAGAGAGCAGUCCCUUUUCUGCUGACGUGUGUGUGUGUGUGUGUGUGUGUGUGUGUGUGUGUGUGUGUGUGUGUGUGUGUGUGUGUGUGUGUGUGUGUGUGUGUGUGUGUGGGGUAGCCUGUACAAAAGUGUAGACACAUGCAAGAGACUUUCAUACUUGCCUUUGCACUACACGUGUGGGCAUUUUUAAUUCUAUUUGUGCAUGUGGGGUGCAGACUCAUGCAGAAAUGGCAUCAGGAUAAAAUUCUCCUUUUUUUUUAUUUAUCAAAAAACACAAAUACAGUUUAUACAACCAACAUGUCCAUAAUGCAUACUUAUUGUUUUAGUUGUACUCAGGCCAAAACAAGAAUUCAAUCAUUUUUAAAGUUAUCAAAAUUCACAGUUAGUUGUCCACAGAUGCGUCAUGAUUCACCUGCCAUCAUUGGUGGAAGCACUGAUUUUAAAUCAGCUAACUAAACAGUUACUGCAGAGUCAACACAGUGUCUUUAUUGUGUCUCAAAUGAAGAAACUGUGUCCAGAUUGGCAAGUUUGUAACCGUUUUAAAAGCAUAAGUGUGAUGAUAUUCUAUAUUUUCUACUAUUUUCAACAAAUUCUAUUAAAAGACCAAAAACCAACAAUGAAUUGAUUCUUAUAACACACACAUUGUCUGUGUAGCUAAAGCCUGGAAUAGUUUAUUCUUCUGGGCCAUAGACCUCCAUUGUUGUCCAAAUACUGUUGGAAUCAGUGCACAGUUGCACUGGGUGACAUAUUCCUUCAUUACAAUGAACGCAGGCAUUUUAGUCCAUCCCACAUACACUUUCUUCCUUACCUUAAUACUAGGGAUGCCCCAAUUGUAUAGCCUUAAUUGGUAUCUGCGCAAAAAGACCUUGUUAAGCAGAUUGUGUAUCGGCCAUAACGUACCUAAUACACAAUGAAUAGAGCUUCUUUGUGUGUGUCUUUAUAAAAAUGUUGUGUUUCCGCCAUCAGUUGCAGAAUCCUUGGUUUCAUGCUACCUUACUUAAAAUGUAUUUAUUAAACAAGUUGCAUGCUGUGAGAUAUACAGAGCACUGGUCACAUCUUAGUUAAUACUCACUAGUGAAGCAGUUUCUAAUAUUUUAGAAAUAUUUAAUAUCUUUCAACUCUAUUUUAUUCGUUUUGAGUAACGUUUGCUUUUAAAGAUUCACACUGGGAACCUGUCUUAUGGCUCAGAGCCACAGACAGGGUAGGACAGGAAAGAGUAUUGAGAGAUCUGCUAACACAUUGUUGGUUUUGGUCUUAUUACUGGAUUGUUGACAAUAAAACAAAAUGUAAAAUAACAGCAGUCCUGUUCUUAAAGUUACACUGAUGGUGCUGUUCGGUUUUUCAAAGGCUGAUUGUAAUUACUGCAGUUUGAUAGAUAAGCUUCUUGUUCCGUCCCUUUAUAUCCUGUGUCUUUAGAUUUUAUACAACGAGAGUAACUUAUUGUGUACCUUCUUAAUAAAUGUUUUUCACUCUUA